AUGCCAUUGCCUCUACCGGAGAUCUUGGACAGUGGCAAUCUCACAAGGUAUGACUCGUCGUCGACUUGUCAGAGGUGGUUCUGCAGGCAAUGCGGUGCUAGCACCAUCAAUAUCGACAAGGGAGACGGGGCCGACGAGUGGGAAGUCGCCACCGGCUUGCUGCACUUCGUUGACGGGAGAGGCUUGGAUGGCAGACUGAAGCGAGUACAACUUUGGGUGGACGACGUGAAAGGGGAUGGGGGAGCUGUGCCAUGGAUCAACCAAGGCCGACUGCUCGGACAUGGUGAUAUCGGAGGGCCAAAACCUGCCUGUAGGAUCUUUACCCAGUCAAGCCCUCGCUGCACAUUGCCACUGCCAAAUGUGGUGCUUUCGAUCUUAAGACCAGACGACGAGUCAUCGAAAUCAAACCACGGAAAAUUCGAAGCUGGCCUGGACGCUUGCACCUCAUGCAGGCUCGUCUCCGGCUUCGAAGUCACCAGUUGGCUCACCGUACCGAGACAUCUCAUCAAAAGCGGGAGUACUGGGCUGAACGACUUGCUUUCAAACACGUCCAAACUUCAUCACUACAAGACGUCUCCAGAUGUAGGUCGAUAUUUCUGUGCGAAAUGUGGUGCCACGGUCUUCUACUACAAGCAAGGUCUGGACACGAUCGACAUCGGAACAGGGCUUUUGGAACCACUAAACGAGAGAAUGGUGCGUGUUGAGAACUGGCUGGCGUGGCAGAAAUAUCCAACGGGCGUUGCAUACCAGGAAGACGCUGUUGACAAAGACUUUAUCGCCAAUCUCGCAGAAGGCAUGCACUCGAGAGACAGCCAGCAGUGA